CCCUCCAAAAUCCCCGGAAACUUUCUUCGCGAGCCGCUUGUGAACGCGAGCCCACCCUCCCUACCAUCGCGAGGGCCGGGGUCUGCUGUGGUUCCGCUGCCAAUCCUCUCAACCCCGGUCCACGUCCCCUCGAUCUGGGUCAGCUAGUGAGUCGUGAGCGCCCGUCGGCUUCAUGGAACCCCCUGCAUCGCCCACGGCUGGAUGUCACUUCCCCACACCAGGACCCUGGGCAGUGACGCUCCUCUGCAUAGCACGCGCCCUCACCACGGCCAUUAGCAGCCUCGGAGACUGGCUUCGCUGCCUGCGUUUAGCAGUCGGACCGCCGGCGACGCAGCGAGUCCCUCGCACACCAUUACCCUGGAACGCGGCCUCCCUCCUGUUGUCCCACCCCUUCGUAGGAGGAGGAGAAUCUACCCGAAAUCCCGCGAGACGCAUACCUCAGUCCCGGCCAACCGUAUUAAGUUUCGCCAAUUCCAUUAUGCGCAGCCCGCAUACACGAGCCGGCCUAAAGAAUGACGGACAGGCCCUUUUCGGCGCACCCCGGCCCUUCCACUUUCGUUGGCUACUCCACUCCUUGUCUUUCUCACCAAACGGUGGGCAAAGCCACCUCAGAUGUGAGGCUUCUGCGAGUACAAGGUGGGCUUACCCACCCACUUCCUAUUAUUCUCCUUGCAGCACUUGCCUGUCCUUGAUCCUGCUGUUGUUCUCCGCUUUUGGUCGUUGCCGGCUUCGCCUUGCAUACAGGCGACUAUGGUCUAUCAUCGUUCUGCAAGCUAGCCAGCUGAAGCGGCACGAAGCUGCGUCAAGAUAACCAAUCUCCGUCCGCCAGAGUAAGCGAUUCGCCUGCGAGCAAGAAACCGACCACUGUGCCCUGGCUCCACGGUCGAUGCGGCUAGAUUUGCGCCAAGCGCCUUCGUCGAUAGCAAGAGUCGAUCUGAUGACGUGCAUCGGCUGUCAGGGCGUGUUUGACCCUCCAAUGGCUGUGCCGCAAGCGCGCAACCUCCAUCCUCACAGUGAAGUGUCUACUUCGCGUACACUGUUUCCUUCUCAAUGGCACACUUUCAUACCGAUUGGCUUAUGCGAGUGCUCCCCGAUGCCCGAGCCAUGCCGAUAGAUGAGCAAUUAUUCAGACCUAAUCUAUGCCACGAGGCUUAGCCAUUCCACUCUUUAGGGACUUACAUAAUGCAGUCAGCCUUCGAGAC